AAAGUGGAUAUGUAUCAUCGACUGAACUGAAAACACAACACAGGGCAAAACUGAAACAUCGACUAAUCGACUUACAUGUUGUCCGAGAAUCUGAAUGUUUUCUAUUAAAACAAAAUUAAAUAAAUGGCAUCUGCGAUAGUUUCUAGGCUUGUCAUUUUGAUAUUUGGUACUCUUUAUCCGGCAUAUGCAUCUUAUAAAGCUGUUAAAACAAAAAAUGUGAAAGAAUAUGUAAAAUGGAUGAUGUAUUGGAUUAUAUUUGCCCUCUUCACAUCUGUAGAAACUUUUGCAGACAUCCUAGUAUCAUUUUGGCUUCCGUUUUAUUAUGAGAUGAAAAUACUAUUUGUAUUAUGGCUAUUAUCACCUGCAACAAGAGGAUCAAGUGUUAUGUACAGACGUUUUGUGCAUCCUCAAUUGACUAAACAUGAAAAAGAAAUCGAUGAUUACAUUGCUAAAGCUCGAGAUCAAGGUUAUAACACUGUUCUUCAGUUAGGAUCUAAAGGCUUGAGCUAUGCAACUGCAGUUGUGAUGCAAACAGCUUUAAAGGGUCAAGAAACUUUGGUCCAGCAUUUACGCAAGAGUUACAGCAUGAGUGAUUUAGUUGAAGAUGACGGCACAUCUCAGCAUUUCGCAACUUCUGCUUCAGCUACUAAUAGUUUAGAUGAAACUGACAGUGGCUCUGAUGAACGGCACAAACCUUUGCGCCACCGUUGGUUAUCAGAAGGUAUCUUGGCUGAGGAUGAAAAAUUGCCUAAAGUGCAACCUCAAGCAUUAAGCUCUUCUCAAGUUGCAGUAACAAGCAGAAGAAGUCGUAUUGUUAAAGGUAUCAAAGGAGCUCAGACAAAGAAAGUUCUUUCCAAACAAGGUUCUUAUGAAGAAGUUUCUGGUUAUGCUACACUUCCACGAACUAGCAAAUCAAAAACUCGAAGAAAGCCUUUAUGAUGUGUUCCUAUCCUAUUUUCAUAUAUUAUUUCAUGACACCAUUAUGCCUUAUUGUUUUCAGGUUAUUAUGACAAUUCUGCUUCACUCCUGCUUGUGUAGAGAUUUGUUUUUUGUAGGCUUUCUUUAGUUUUGUAAAUUGGCAGGGAUGAACCCUGAUUUUUGGUGUGUGAUAUUAAUGUUAUAAUUUGACCAACUUCUUGUUUUCGAAGCUGCAAAGUUUUUAAUGAAGCUCCCUUUGUAGUUUUAAGUUAAGCGAGCCUUUGUAAAAUUGCAUAAGGUGAAAGAAAAUGAUCUUUCAAGAGCUUUUUUAGCCCUUUGCAACUAAUAGAAAUAACCAUUGUCUUCCUUUGUUUUAUGAUUUAUUAAUAGGCUCAUUUUUUCGCUAGGUAUGUUGUUUGAAAAAUAACUUAAAUUAAUUGAUCUCAUUAAAUGGCAAUUUACUUAGAAAAAGUUAUAAUUCAAAUUUUUUAUCGGUUCUUCAACUUUUUUCGUUGUAAAUUGAUAGCUGUAAUUUUAAAAUUUCUGAUUAUUUAGAUAGGUGUCUUUUUGAAUUCUUUUAAUUUCAAAAGUGGACGAAAUUAAUUUAAACAUUUAUAUAGAACUCUUCGUUAAAUCGUGUAGUAUUUUUAAGAAAAGAAUUCUAUAAUGUAAUUAGAAGCAAAAGUAGUUAAUUAUUUCUUUAUUCGUAUAAGACGUUUUCUUAAACAUACAUGUACGUAAAUUAAUGUAAUUAGUUAUUUAAGAAAUAAUUAUUUCCUGUGGAAUAUUUCAUGUUCUAGUCUAAGUUUCCUCAUCUUAUGAGGUUUCAUAUAUUUUAACUAUGAGCUAUUGAUUAAAAUUUUUGGUUGUUGGAAAAGGCAAACUGUGUUUGGUAUGUGUAUGUAUAUUGGAUAAAAUUUUGAUUUUAAUGACUAAUAUCCUCUGAAAAGAAGUGCACAUUUUUUUUCUAAAUUUCUAUUCGAUGAUUAUAGUUUUUAACUUUCAUAUCAAAAUUUUUCUUUUAUCUGUUACAUUUACUUCUGUAUUGUUUUUCAUGAAUUUUUUUCAUGUAAGCGAUACUCAGGGACUUUUUUUUAUAUAUAUAAAUAAAUAAUUUUAAGUGCAGGAAAUUUUUGUAUUCGGAACUUAUGAAACCAGUAAUAAAUUUAUUCUGUGCAUAAAUUAAAUAUAUGCUGAAGAGUGUUCUUCCUUUAAACCAAAUUAAUUUAAAGUGUAAUUUGAAUUUGUAGAGUAUUAAUGUUUCAUGCUGCAAAAGUAAUAGUAUUUCUUGUUAUCCAGAUAAUCAAAACUUGCACAAUAUUUAAGUUGACUAUUAACAAAGAAUUCUUUACGUUUUGAGUUUUCUGAGGAUAUCGUUGAGUGUUGUGCCAUGCCUUUAAUAUACAGUAAUUACCUCUUAUUGUGAUCACUUUGAGACCUAGAAAGGAGUUUUGGUAAUAUUAACCAUUUGAUUACAGUAACCCAAUGGGGUAUAAUCAGCUACGGAAAGAAAAAAAAAAGAAAAAAACGCUUACCAAAGAACUAUCUAUAAUUGAUUUCAAAUAUAGCAAUUAAAAGUCUUCAAUAAUUAUUGAUUAUUCCUUCGCAUUUCACUUAUGUUGUUCUUAGCGUAUUGUUUGUUUAAAUUUCCUGAGUGAUUCUACGCAUUUCAAAAUAGCAAUUUUUUUACUCACUUCAGCAUAUUCGUUCCCUGUCAAUAUCAUCAACGUUUAUUGCUUGGUCAUAAAAUUCUCGCGAAUUUUCAGAACUUUAAAAAGGACAGUCAUUGACGUUUUUAACUGCUUCACACCGUUAUAUUAACUCAUUUUAAAUUAGCCUUCAUAUCUAUUAAGAAUUCCAAUUUUGUCUAACAUUCAAAUCAGUUUUCUUAUACAUACAUUGCAUUAUCUUAAUUCAGUUGCUGGAAAUAGUGUAUAGUUGUUCAACGGAUUUCUACCAGUCGUGGUAUCUUAGUUACCACUAGUACUCCUUCAAACCAGUUCAGAUCGUUCUGCUCCAGACAAAAGAAUUUGAAACUCAUCCUUAAGAAAAAUGACGGAGAUGUUUCCUUGUAAAUGGAGCAAGAAUUUCCACUAAUGUCUGUUGCAGGUUGAAAAUAAAGAAUCUGUCAUUCUGUAAUCAGAAAUUGGUAAUAUUAAACAUACUAAACGAUUAUAUUUAACUACAUUUGAAUACGUCGUUUUAGAGCGACAGGAAUAUUAUAACAUAAAGUGAAUGAUAACAUUUAAUCAAGAUCACACUAAGCGGCUUUCACUGUACUGUAUUAUUAUCCAUUUAUGUGAUAAUACCUAUGUAAUGUUUGCUUCAGCAAAGAUUACUAAAUUUCCUUUAUCUCGCCUUUUAUUAAUGUAAUUAUUUUCAAAAUUUACCUCUAGCCUAUGUAAAACUUAAAAUGGUCGCUUUUGUCUCGAAUUGAAAAUACAUUAUAUUAUUUAAAUUUGUUUGUCUGUGUCACAUAGCUCAUACUCUCAAUAGAAACUUCCCAGUUUUUAUUUGCUUUUAAAACAUUAAUAUUCAUGUAUAUAUAUAGUUAAAUUAUAAGUAAAUGUUUCAAUGAGACUUGUCAACUUUCGUGAAAAAAUAAAUAAAUAAAUUUUGUCGUUUAAAUGAAACUUGUUUUUAUUUAAUUUCCGAGCUGUAAAGACAUUACGGUUUCAAAAAAUGCUGUUGAUUUAUAGCUAAAUUGAAACUAAAUUUUAACAAAAUCAGAUUUGCAAAAGCAUUUUAUAUCUUUUCUCUUGAUAAGUAAGUUUGUCUUUUUAUGUAUGAAAUAUCAUUCCCGAUUUUGAAAAAUAUUAGUACCAUACGUUUUGUUAGCUGUGAAAACCCUGACUACACUUUUUUGAUGAAAUUGUGUAAGAAGAUUACUCUUCCUUUUUUUCUAUCAGAAGAAUAAAAACUUCAAGAAAUUUAAACAAUUGGUGUAAAAGUUGAUGACAGGAAAAUAACAUUUCAUAAUGGUAAACUAACAAUGAAUGAUUGAAGUGUUCAUUCAGUUUAAGACUAAUCAAGUUUUAUGACUAAUGGUAAUUUAUUUUACUUUAUUCCUUUAUAAGCAUUGCAUUUAUGAGCUAUGAAAUGCAUAUUGCAUUCCCUUCAUUUCUUUUUAUUUCGACUUAUUAAAAAUAUGUAAUAUAGAAAAUUAAUUUAAUUUUUGACUUUAUUUAAAAAUUAUUUUUCCAAAAGUGAUAUAUUUAUUCUCGUGUACAUUAAAUAAUUUGGUCUCGAGUAUGAGCUAUGUUAGAUCUGCUUUUUCGUCAAGGAUUUUUUUAUGAAUCUGGUUUAAAAAACUUUAUUUUAUAUAUGUUUUUUAGAAAAUAACUUCACAGGAAACUUAUCCUCCUCCUCUGUUCCAUUGUAUUGUAUGUAUUCUUUUAUCUGAAUGUGUCGUAUGUUGUCCUCUUAUGUUACCUGGGGACUUUUUUAAAAUGUUUUGUCUUUGUUUGAUUUUAAAAUCGUGUGGAUUCUGAGGGAUUUUUCCGUUAUUUUGUAUUUAAUUAAUUUUCUUUGUUUGAUAGAAUGCGAAUAAAUCAGUGUAUGUUCUACUGGAAUUAAUAAAGGGACUAAAAGAGGGAAAAUUUCAUUAUAAAUAUUACCUUUAUUAUGAUUUUUUU